AUGUCUGUAUCCAGCCAGCAAUUCAACUUGCACCCACCACCCACAUCUGUAUCUUGCUUAGAUGCACUGCUGUCAACAGCGGAUACACCUUCUUCGGAUUUCGAUCAAGACAAGAACCACAAUCUCAUGCUUUUCCUCGCAAACGGCAAUCUACCAGAACAAGAAGACGAAUACACACGAGCUCCACAGCCUCCCCAACCCACGUCGGGCGACCCAUCCAUCCUCUUCGCACCACCCCCUCACCCUCACCGCCCACCAAUCAACGCCGCCUACCGCCAUCCACUCGAAGCAUCAGCAGCUCUCCAAGCCCUUCGCACCGCCGAGAGAGAAGCCACCUACGCCUGUGCUCUUCAAGGUCUCCCCACCACCCGCGGCCGAAGCCCAACAAGAACCCACUCCCCAACCUUUCCUUACAACGAAUACCCCGCGGAUCUCUGUCCAACCUUCCCCGACCACUGUUACGCCUCCUUUUCCGCUGAUUUCAACCCAAGCUUCCCCUACCACUGCUACGCCUCCUUCACCGCCAUUGAGCGCGCCGAAAACAAGCAACCAGAGGAGAAGGACGAGGAAGUCUACGUCAUCCCCGCCUCUCAAGCCCUGUUCGCCACCGAUUCAGAAGCACAGACGCGAUGCGGGAAAUGCCUGUUCCCCCUCCACUGGGGAGACGUCUUGCCGAGCCGGUGUCAGCAGCGCGAAUGUCGAGCGGUGAAUCUGGGGCCGGAUUGGGCUGCUAAUGAGCGGUUCAGGCAGGCCAUGGGGCUUGCGGGUUGGGGAGGAUGGGAUGAGGAUGAGGAUGAGGAUGAAGACGGGGCGGGAAGGUGGGAGGGCAGAGGGGUGGGAGGGUUGGGUGGAUUGGGAUCUGUGUAG